GAUAAAGCUGAUUGCGCCUCGAUAACACGUUGCCGGAGAGAGUCGGAAGAAAACUGGUUCCCGGGAAUAUUGCUUUACGGAAUUUUUUACAUUCUUCAUUGAGUUUGCUGAUCAAACUCAUGGUAUUAGAAAAAAAUUGCAACGUAAAAAUAUGUGUUAAAAGUGAACUCCGGUUGUGCGUGAAAAGUGAAUUGAUUAAAAUAUGUCUGUAUGGAAAAGUGUUAUUUAUUACUUUUAUUAGGUGUAAUUUUACCUAUUGAAAGUUGAAACGAUGGAAAAAGACCAACUAAUAAAAGGUGUUGAAUUUAACCAAAUAAAUCAACUGUAUGAAGAAUGUUUGACUUAUUUACAAUCAAACAUUAAACACAGUCCCAAUGACAUGAAAGAACUCAAUUUGGAUCCCGAAGAACAUGUAUCGAAUGAGGAUGACGAUGGUGUUAUAUACGAAACUAUACAAGAUAAUAAAACACUUAAUGGGUUUAUAGAAUCGGCAAAACCCGAUUUCAUAGUUGUAAAUGAAUUAAAAAAUGAUAAAUCAAAGAGUGUUGAUUCAGUAAGAUCAGAAAUUAAGUCGGAGAGACUCAGAAAGCUAUCUCAAACUUUACCUAGGAUAAUAAUUACUCAGAGUGAUGCAAGCUUGAAUGUCAAUAAGAAUAAGAAAUUGAUUUACGAAUUUCAGAAACCCAAAGUACCAAGUGUUGCUAAGAAACAUCAAAUAGUACAAAACAGCUUCGUCAAAAAUCCACCGCCACUUCGCAACCGUUCAGCUUACGGUGACUUCCCCAAGAGAUUAGUAUCUAAAGGUGGGGGCGAGAAUGUGGCCCUCAUAUCUAAUGUCCCGUUUGAGAAGAUUCGACUAUUGAAUGAUUCAUUUCAUACUCUGAUCAAUCUCCGCUGGCGUUGGAUCGUAAUCGGCACGGUGGUCGUCCACUUCACCAUGUGGGCGGUGUUCGCCCUGUUCUGGUACAUCACGGCGCUGGCACAUUACGACUUCGAACCAGAUCCUCCUAACAGGCCAUGUAUUACGGGGGGAAAGGACUUCAUAACAAUCUUCUUGGCUUCUGUUGAGGCUCAGACAACAAUCGGUUUCGGAGAUCGUGCCAUAGAUGAAGAAUGUCCAGAAUCCAUAUUUCUGUUUAUUAUUCAGUUAAUCCUGGGUACCGGUCUGUCUGGAGUUCUAACUUGCGUCGUCUACGCCAAACUCACACGGCCAGAGAAGCUCUCCAGAGAUGGCGUUGGCUUCAGCAAAAAAGCUGUGAUCAGCAUCCGUGACGGGCGCCUCUGCCUGAUGAUGCGCGCUUGGGAUCUCAACUACGACCACAUCAUCAGCUCCGAGUUCACUGCCCACUUUAUCAACACAUACAGAACAAAAGAAGGGGAGAUAAUCCGGUACUACGCGCGCAGUUUGACACUGAAGCACCGUCAGUUCCUGCUGUGGCCCGUGACGCUAGUUCACGAGAUCGACGAGGACAGCCCCCUCUACCGAUACACGCCUGAUGACAUCAGAAACAUUAGUUUUGAAAUAACGGUUGGGUUGAAAGGGGCAUCCUCAUCCUUGGGCACUUUCACACAGAGCCAGACUUCUUACAUGCCCAAAGAGGUGAUUUGGGGACACCGGUUUCCUUCUGUUGUCAAAUACAACGUUCGCAAGCAGAAAUACGCUAUAGACCACACAAAGCUGGACACCAUCGAGCCGGUAGAGACACCGCUUUGCAGCGCUUGUGAGCUUGACAAAUUCAUGAAGUCUCAGUCGCCACCCCCCUCGCCCCGCACCCCCGGCACGCCCGGCACCCCCGGCAGCUUCAGCGACCAGCUUUCGGGAUUUCAACUCUCUCGCUCGUCCUCAUUCCGCAAGAAGAAACCUACCGAUCACAAAUCUAUGCCUAAUUUUCUAAAAGCUUGAGUAGAUUUCCAAAAAAUGGGGCAGUUUUUAUUUUCUAGCAACUAGAACGAACUCAUCUCCUAAUAGUAGUCAUGAUUCUAAGUAAGAAUACCUAAAAUUUCUUGAAAUACGAAAAACACCUGCACUAUAACGAUUUCUUAAAACUUUUUACUGUAACAAUGUGGAAUCUUUACCUCACUUGUUGUAAUUGGUAAGAAUACAUGUUUUAUACCUAUUGAAAUAUCAAGGUGUAUUGUUUAAGAAUACAUAUAGCACAUAUAUUGUUAAAGUCUGUUUCAUAAAUCAUAAACAUUAAGUUAUCAACGCAUACAACUGAUUAUUGUAUUAAAAAUACUACGUACA